AUGGCCAACGCGCGGACGAACAUCGCGCGCGUGGGGGCGCCGGGGGCCUACUCGCCGCAUCGCACGCGGACCUCCGGCGACAUCAGCCAUUACGCGCCUCCCAACAUUAAGCUCGGCGGACCCCAAGGCGACGACCUGGAGACGCUCAUCCGCCAUUAUGACAGCCUUCUUGAGCUGCGUGAUAGCCAAAUCAUGCAGCUGACCAGCCAGCUCGAGUCCGAGCAGCGCAGGGCCUCCAUGCUUGAGAGCGAGCUGGGUCUGGCCCUGGCGGCCUCCAGUCGCGCGGAGAGCGCGCACGCGGCCGAGCUGUCCAAGGUGGAGGGGGACGUGGCGCGAGUGCUUGCGGAGCGGAGGGGGCUGCUGGAGAAGCUGCAGGGCAUUGAGGUGGUGGAGGACGCCGUGCGAGAGAUGGUGGUGCAGAUGAAGCCCCAAUACCCCCAAUACCGUUCGUGUGCCGCAUAUUUCAUAUACCUGAUGCGCGCCAAGUUCCGUGUGGGCGAUGACGAGCGGCCCAGCCCCGAGCAGCUGCAGGCGGAGAAGGCGGCGCUGAGGGACGAGAACAUACUCACCGUGCUGGGCACCCUCAAAGCCACAUUGAAGACCCUGUGGAAUUUCAAGGUGGAAGCGGAGGAGGACAUGCGCUGCUCGAGGUUGGGCAGACAGAGCACACACACACAGCAGGAGUCCGCGGGUCGCGAGGCGCUGCUGUGUGAGGGCCGUCAGGUGCUCGCGGCAAUGGAGGGCAAGCAGCGGGAGGUGCUGGAGGCGCUGCGGGCGGCGGAGGAGGAGGCGGCGGCGGCGCGGAGGGCCCUGGAGGUGGCGCAGGAGGAGGGGCGGAGGCGGGACGGGCUGGUACUGAAGAACCAGCAACUGGAGAGCGCCCGGCACUUUGACCGCGUCGCGCAGCGGUCCAUUACCCGUGGGUCACAAUUCGACGCGACCAGUCUCUAUUCCAGUCCCAGCUUCGCCGGUGGCCGCCCCGCCAGUGCUGUGGCGGGGGGCGGCGGAGGGAGGGGAGGUCCCGGCUCUGUGGCCGGCAGCCGGGGCGGCGUGCGGCCCCGGCUGGGCAGUGCCCUGGCGGUGAUGGCCAGUCGUAGGGCCCACGAGGCGGCUAAGGCUCAGGAGGAGGCGGAGGUGCUGGAGAGCCAGGACCCCGUGUAUAAGACUCUUGUAAAUGUCAACAAGCUGCACCGGGGCAUUCGGAGCCAGAUCCGCGAAGUGAAGAGGGAGCUGUCGGAGUCACAACCCUCCUGGGCAGGGAGGGCAAGACAGCAGGCAACAGCAACAGCAGGGGCGGGCGCGGGGGCGGGGCCGGGCGCGGGGGCGGCACAGCAACCCCAGCAGCAACUGCAGCAACCGCAGCAGCAGGCGGGGAGAGUGUGA